CCUCGGCUGAACACUCCACAUUGAACAAUUGAGCUGCACGCAGUCCAUUGCCCACUGCUGGUCCUGUCUUCCAUCCCUUUGAACCAUGUCGAGUGUAGAAGAGUCUGAACUCGUCAGGCUUCAGAACAACAUCACUGAGGCACACGUAAAGGCAGCGCUGACGGCUGACAAGGGCAGCGACGCCAAGCUCAUCUCCUGGAGCAUUGAGGACUUCACUAACAAAGGCGAUAACUACGCUACUAUCGUUACCAGCGUCAGUGUCAAAUUUUCACUGCUGGGAAAAAAGCAAUCUUCGUCUUACGUGGUCAAGCUCCUACCAAAAUGGUCAUUUAGUGAAGACUCUGCGAAAUUUGGUCUAGCAGUAUUUAAGAAGGAGUCAGAAUUUUUCGAAAAAAUUCUUCCUGUGCUAAACUAUGAAUUGACCGCUCUUGGUUUCACUCCCUUGAGAGUAGCGAAAUGGUUUUAUACAUCUUUAGAAAGAGAGAAAGAGAUGAUUUUUUUAGAAGAUCUUCGUCCAAGAGGAUUUCAAAUGUUCGACCGGAAGAAGGGCCUGAGUGUGGCGCACGCAAAUCUCGUCCUGCAGGAGCUGGCGAAACUGCACGCAGCCUCACUCCUUCUAAAAGCUAGGGCUCCCACAGAGGAUCUAGCGAAUAGGUUCACUCAUAUUAAAACUGAUUGGAUGACUUUCUCAGACUGUGCAAAAGCGAUGAUAAAUGGGAUGUUUUCUGGCCAAUUGAAGAGUAGUCAGCAGUUAUUGCAUAACAUAAAAGGCUAUGAGGUAGCAGAGCAAUGGAUAGCCAAGCACAAUGAUAACUGGGCUGAUCUUAUAGAGAUUCAGUUGGCCAGAAAUCCCAAGUUUGAUGUCAUUUGCCACGGUGACUGCUGGAACAACAAUAUGCUCUUCAGGUACAACAAAGAAGGGGAUCCCGUUGAGGUUAUGCUGUUGGACCUCCAGCUGAAUCGUGUUGCAUCUCCGGCCACGGACCUCAAUUACUUUCUAUACACGAGUCUCCACGGACGCGACAGGCAGGCAAACUGGCAGGACUUCCUCACUUGCUACUACGACACCUUUCGAGGCGUGAUGGAGGCUGGGGAAAGAAACAUGCCUUUCACACUGGAGGAACUUCGUCAGGAGUACAAAGAUAAGAUGGAAUAUGGGCUCAUUUCCGCUGCAAUGUCGGUGCCUAUUUUAUUAGGCGAGAGUAAGGAUGCUCCUGAUAUGAUGAACAUGAAGGAAGAAAACAUUGCCGAGUUAUCAGAGGCGUUGCAAGAAAAGACCCAGAACUUGGUGGAAAACAACCCGCUCUUUCGAUCUCGAUUCCUCGCCAUAUUUGAUGAAUUGAUAGAGCAGGCCACCACCAGGUCUUUAAACUGUCCAGAAGCUGAACUCGUUAGGCCUCAGAACAACAUCACUGAGACACACGUAAAGGAAGCGCUGACGGCUGACAAGGGCAGCGACGCCAAGCUCAUCUCCUGGAGCGUUGAGGACUUCACUAACAAAGGCGAUAACUACGCCACCAUUGUUACCAGCGUCAGUGUCAAGUUUUCACUACUGGGAAAAAAGCAAUCUUCGUCUUACGUGGUCAAGCUCCUACCAAAAUGGUCAUUUAGUGAAGACGCUGCGAAAUUUGGUCUAGCAAUAUUUAAGAAGGAGUCAGAAUUUUUCGAAAAAAUUCUUCCUGUGCUAAACUAUGAACUGACCGCUCUUGGUUUCAGUCCCUUGAGAGUAGCGAAAUGGUUUUAUACAUCUUUAGAAAAGGAGAAAGAGAUGAUUUUUUUAGAAGAUCUUCGUCCAAGAGGAUUUCAAAUGUUCGACCGCAAGAAGGGCGUGAGUGUGGCGCACGCAAAUCUCGUCCUGCAGGAGCUGGCCAGACUGCACGCAGCCUCGCUCCUUCUAAAAGCCAGGGCUCCCACAGAGGAUCUAGCGGAUAGGUUCACUCAUGUUAAAACUGAUUGGAUGACUUUUUCAGACUGUGCAAAAGCGAUGCUAAAUGGGAUGUUUUUUGGCCCAUUAGAGAGUAGUCAGCAGUUAUUGCAUAACAUAAAAGGCUAUGAGGUAGCAGCGCAGUGGAUAGCCAAGCACAAGGGUAACUUGGCUGAUCUUAUAAAGAUUCAGUUGGCCAGAAAUCCCAAGUUUGAUGUCAUUUGCCAUGGUGACUGCUGGAACAACAAUAUGCUCUUCAGGUACAACAAAGAAGGGGAUCCCGUUGAGGUUAUGCUGUUGGACCUCCAGGUGAAUCGUGUUGCGUCUCCUGCCACAGACCUCAAUUACUUUCUUUACACGAGUCUCCACGGUCACGACAGGAAAGCAAACUGGCAGGACUUCCUCUCCUCCUACUACGACACCUUCCGAGGGGUGAUGGAGGCUGGAGGAAGAAACAUGCCUUUCACCCCAGAGGAACUUCGUCAGGAGUACAAAGAUAAGAUGGAAUACGGGAUGAUUUUCGCUGCAAUGAUGGUACCGGUUUUAUUAGGUGAGAGUAAGGAUGCUCCUGAUUUGAUAAACAUGAAGGAAGAAAACCUUGCCGAGUUAUCGGAGACAUUGCAAGAAAAGUCCCAGAACAUGUUGGAAAACAAUCCGCUCUUUCGAUCUCGAUUCCUCGCCAUAUUUGAUGAACUGAUACAGCAGGCUGCCACCAGGAAAUAAACUGUUUCUUUAUCAUUUAUCUAGCGCAAAGAUCUUUAUUUAUUCAAACCGAGCACUUGUACAUCUACAUAACACAUGAAACAGUGUCAGAAGUAAUAAAAUUAAUUUGUAAGAAGGUUUCUCAUUACAGAAAUAAAAGUAUUUGCAAAAGAUCAUAUGGCGUUCAUGAAUACCGACAAUAAACGCAACUUGUUCAAAAGCUUGGAGUUAUAUUGACUGCAUGAAAACAGUUGUUGGCUUUUUUAUAUGCAUCUUCAUUGGAAGACUAACCACACACAUAUUAGAUACGUGUUGUCAAAAAAAAAAAAACAGCAAUGUUUCAGCACAUUUGUUUAUGCAAUAAUUUUGCAAACAUCAUUCUGAGCCUAACGAAAAAAAAUAUAUUUCAUCGUGUUUAUUUUUAAAUUAUUGUAAACUUAUCUAAAAUACAUUCAGUUACAAUAAAGUUAGGUUAGUUUCUAAGGUUCUUCUGGUACAAAAUAAUUACUUUUUGCAUUAACAUAAAUUAAAAAAAAAAUAUUUAUAUAUAUUUUUAAACGUAUAAGAGAAAAUUUUAGAAAGGACUUAAUUUUCAGUGAGUUAAGUAAGUUUAUUCAGGUAUACACAAAUACAGUUUCAUAGAAUUAUCAUACAAAGCAGCAUAUGUGUAGAGAACCUGGGAUAACCGAAAAAAGUCAGAGUGAUAUAUUUCCAUUGGGGUCCUUCUUGCUUAUUAACCAAUUUUACCUCUUCGGCCGAAUAGGCAAAAUUAAAUCUUCGGAAUUUUUUCUUGUGUUAUAAGUUGUUUUUAUAAUUAAUAAUAAAACGACGAUCAAAAUAUUA